AUGUGUUACUACGGAGGAUAUUAUGGAGGCCUGGGCUAUGGCUAUGGCUAUGGCUGUGGCUAUGGCUGUGGCUGUGGCUAUGGUGGCUAUGGCUAUGGCUGCUGCCGCCCACUGUGCUGUGGAAGAUACUGGUCUUAUGGCUUCUACUGA